UCAGGAAUGCAUCAGUCCCUAGAUACACCUCCCCCUGUGUGUCCAGCCAUGGCAGAGGAUUCCACUAAUCAAGAGAAGAAGAAGAAGAUGGUGAAGCAGGGUGGCUUGAGAACCAUGCCAUUUAUCCUUGCAAAUGAUGUUUGUGAUAGAUUUGCCAUGAUUGGGUUCAAUGCAAAUUUGAUCACUUAUUUGACUCAAGAACUGCAUUUGCCGCUUGUGCAAGCCACAAAUACACUCACAGUCUUCAAAGGUACAUCAGACUUCACACCGAUAAUCGGUGGUCUUCUGGCUGAUUCAUUCGCCGGCCGUUUCUGGACCAUCACUGUCGGCACCAUCAUCUAUGAACUGGGAAUGAUUAGUUUGACUAUAUGCUCUUUUCUGCGGAACUUCCGGCUUCCACCGUGCUCAAACAACCAAAAGUGCCAACGUGCUUCUUGGUGGCAACUUCUUGUUAUUUACAUGUCUUUGUUACUAACAUCGAUUGGUUCCGGUGGGAUACGGCCUUGCAUCGUCCCUUUCGGAGCAGAUCAGUUAGAAACUGGUGAUCCUGAGAGUAAACGGAAAGGGAGCUUCUUCAAUUUCUAUUUUUUCUGCAUGGGUGUGGCGACAGUGACUGCACACACUGUGGUGGUCUAUAUUCAAGACAAUGUGGGGUGGGGAUGGGGAUUGGGUGUGCCCACACUCUCUAUGUUCGCAUCUUUGCUAGUCUUUGCGGCCGGUUAUCCUCUUUAUGUAAAGCUAAAGCCUGGAGGUAGUCCUUUGAAACGGUUGGCACAAGUUGUGGUUGCAGCCAUCAGGAAAAGAAAUGUUGCCAAGCCAACUGACCCAAGUCUUCUCCACACUGACAAGGAGUUGGAUGCAGCCAUAUCCACCAAAGGAAGACUUUUCCAUACCAACCAACUUCGAUUUUUGGAUAGAGCCGCCAUUUUCACGGAAAGGGACAAGCUACAAGUGGGUGAGUCAAGAUUGUGGAGAUUAUCGACGGUCCAUAGAGUGGAGGAGCUAAAAUGUAUUAUCCGAGUGUUGCCAUUCUGGGCAGUCGGAAUCUUGGUUGCUGUCACCGGAUCUAAUAACUACUCAUUCGCAAUACAACAAGCUCGAACAAUGGACCGACAUAUAUCAUCCAAUUUCAAAAUUCCUCCUGCCUCGAUGUCCGUCUUCUCUGACAUUGCUCUGCUAGUCACCCUUGCAAUGUACGACAGAAUCUUCGUCCCUUUGGCUCGUCGGUUUACUAAUAAACCUUCUGGUUUUACUAGCCUACAACGUAUUGGUAUCGGUCUCGUCAUCACUUUGUUUUGCAACGUGUCCGCCGCACUUGUUGAGGUUAAGAGGAAAGCUGCUGCAGCCAAGAACGGAUUGAUAGAUGAACCGCAAGCUGUGAUACCACUGAGUGUGUUUUGGUUGGUGCCUCAGUAUGCUAUUCAUGGAAUUGGUGAGGCUUUCAUGCAAGUUGGCCAAAUGGAGUUUCUAUAUGACCAAGCACCGGAGAGCAUGAGAAGUGUUGCAGCAGCUUUAUACUGGUUAGCCAUAUCCAUUGGGAGCUAUUUGGCGACAGUUUUGGUUAGUCUUGUGAGUAGAAUUACAGAGAAGAGUGGGCAGUGGUUGCCGGAUAAUAUUAAUAAGGGGAAGCUUGAUUAUUACUAUUGGCUUGUGGUUGGAUUGCAAGUUGUGAAUGUUUUGUAUUUCGUUGUUUGUGCUAUGCUGCACACUUUGAAGCCAUUGGAGGUGAUGAAGGAUGACCAGAUAACGAAGGUUGAGGAAGGACAAGGUGAGGGUGGUGAAGGUCAUGAAAGGAAUGGGGCUUCUUUUGCAUAAGAUUUUAUUGGGUUCCAUUGUGUGUGCUUGUAUUUUAGUGGUAUUUGUCAUCAUUUUUAUCUUGAAUAUUAAGCUUGUACUUGAAGAAAAUAAGAGGGAGAGUUGGGACUGGAAUUUGGAAAAGUUUUCCUUAUCCAAAUCAUAAAAUUAGUAUAUCAUUAGAAAGUUGUGGUUGUCUAGUGGCCAAUGAAAUGAGAUGUUCAUCAUUUGGAGGUUUGUAGGGGAGUUAUUCUCCAACAACUAAAUGUUAUGGAGAGUUUGGCAAAUUGA